AUGGAUGAUCCACUAGACUUUAAAUUGCCCGAUGGCAUAAAGGACCCUGCGACAGAGUUUGAGAUAUUGGAGAGUCUUGGACGUGGCUCAUUCGGAGCAGUGUUCAAGGCCCGACACAAGAGAUCGGGUCACAUCGUGGCUGUUAAACAGGUGCCGGUCAACGAAGACUUCCAAGAGAUCCUCAAAGAGAUCAACAUCAUGAAGCAGUGCAAGUCAAAGUAUGUCGUACAAUACUAUGGCAACUACUUCAAGGGUGAGACAUGUUGGAUUAUAAUGGAGUAUUGCUCAAUGGGAUCGGUUAGCGAUAUGAUGAACUUGUCAACGAUGAUUCUUAAUGAGGAGCAGAUAGCCUUGGUAUGUUACAGUACUCUCAAGGGUCUGUACUAUCUUCACAAGAGCAGCAAGAUACAUAGAGAUAUCAAGCCAGGCAACAUCUUGGUCACGAGCACCGGAGAGUGCAAGCUUGCAGACUUUGGCGUCAGUGGUCAACUUAGUGAGCGAACGAGGAAGAGGAAUACAGUGAUUGGUACGCCAUUCUUUUUGGCGCCAGAGAUAAUCCAGGAGGUUGGCUAUGAUUCAAAGGCAGACAUAUGGGCAUUGGGCAUCAGUGCCAUUGAGAUGGCAGAGUUCCAUCCACCCUAUCACGACCUACAUCCAAUGCGUGUCUUGUUCAUGAUCCCAACUGCCGAAUCGCCCAAGCUUAAAGAGCCAUCCAAGUGGUCGCCAGAGUUCUCUGACUUUAUCCGCUUGUGUCUGGCCAAGGAGCAGAGUCAAAGACCAACAGCCAAGGACUUGUUAAAGCAUCCAUUCUUUGAGAAGAAGGUAAAGGGUAACUACGUGAUGAAGUCACUGUCGGAUGCAGCACAGGAGGUGAUUGAUCGCGCAGGUGGCAGAGAGAAGGCUAUAAAGGAGGCGGCGGAGAGGAAUUCGAAGCGAUCGGCCGAGUCAGGUGACUUUACACAGAGCAGCUCAGUCGAUCCAGACUCGGACGAAGAGGAGGACUUGUUGGAGAGGAAUAACAAGCUGCGUCAAGAAGAGUUCAACAGGGAGCCUUCACCACAGCGUCAACCAAUCCAGCAGCAGCAGCCACAGGUACAAAUACAAAAGCCACAGUCACAGCAACAGAGAACAUCAGCGCCAUUGGCUACAUAUUCAAAUGGACAACAGCAACAACAACAACAACAAGCGAGUAACAAUAGAGUACAGGUCGUAGUAUCAAAUAAUAAUCAUGUUAAUAGUAUGGCUUCGCCAAAUAGGAGGAGCCCUCUGUCAAACAACACGUCGAAUGACGAGCCAUUGAAUGAGUUGGACUCACUUCUCAAUGGCAUCGUGCUGAACAAUAGCAAGAGCACUGCACCUGGCGCCGGAAGCGCCAACCAGCCCACGCCCGGCCGUCGCCUGCCCAACCAGCUGUCCACGGGCAGCCUGCAGCACGAGGCAUCGGCAGCGUCAUCGCCCCCCGGCGUGUCUCAGCCCUCGUUCACCAAGCAGCUCUCGGCCAACAGUCUGCUCCAAAAGUCCAACACGCCAUCACAGACGACGGUCAAGCCCAAGGAGCCCGCCAGCGAGCUGGACGACCUGCUCGAGGAGAUGCUCAACCCAUCGUUCGGCACCAAGCAGCGCGGCCUGACGCCAAUCAGCUCGCCCACUACUCGUCGCUUCAGUCCACAGACGCCACAGGUGACCGUUACCCGCGUCAAUGGCGUGUGGUCCAGCCGAACAGCAGGAGGAUGCGCCAACAGCUUUGCCUGGCGCAACAACCCACAGUACCUGCUCUCAGUGUCCGCAGCCACGACGCUGUGCAUCUCUCUGCGCCAGACUGGUGAGAAGCUCGUGCACAUUGGCUUCUACUUUGUUCAUGCCAACAAGGACGUCACCAAGCGCCUGAUAAGCAUGACCCGCGAGAACCUGGUGCCUGGUGUCGAUAUCACCUUCCUGCGCAACACCGAGGUGUCCACCAAGGUCAAGGUGGAGCCUGGCAACUACGUGAUCAUCCCUGCCACCUUUGAGCCACGCCAGGAGGGCGCGUUUGAGCUGGAGGUAUCGCCGUCCGAGGUUGGCCGCGCACUCAAGCUGACAGAGAUCCUACCGGACCGCGACUGGCGCAUGGUGUCUGGCCGCUACCAGUGGCUGGGCCAGGCUGCCGGUGGCAGUUUCAGCGGCAAUUCGGCAACGUGGAAGGACAACCCCAAGUUCCUUUUGGAUAUCUCCGUGCAGAGUCAGAUAACUAUCGUCCUGGGCAAGGAGGCCGACGUCGCCAAGGACAUAUACAUUGGUUUCUACGUGUUCAAGGUGGUCGACAAGAACAUGCCAUACAUCUACCUCACAGCCACCAACCUCGUUGCCAAGACCAACUUCCUCAACGGUAACGAGGUCGUGUACAGCCAGUCUUACGCGCCCGGCACCUACAUGGUGGUGCCAUGCACUUACGACUCGCGCCAAGAGGGCACGUUCAGCGUGCUGUGCUACAGCGAGUCACCCAUCAACAAGACAGAUUUGCAGGACCAGGUGCUGACGAUUCGCGGCGAAUGGCGCGGCAACACAGCGGGUGGCUGUCUGAACCACACGACGUGGCGUAACAACGCGCAAUAUCUUAUCACGAACAACGGACCCCUGGCAUCCAAGAUCACGAUCGUUAUGGAUCAGCUGGCCAAGGACACAACGCUUCUGCACUUUGCCGGCUUCUACGUGGCCAGGUCCAGCGUGACUCAGGCAUCCAACACUGCGCACAAGAAGGUGUUUGUUCUGACACCCAACGACAUUAUUGGCAACACAGAGUUCAUCAACGACUUCCAGGUUCACUACAGCUUCGUGUUGGAGGCGUCGACUUCGUGCAUCGUCAUCCCCUGCACGUUCAAGCCGUCGAUCGAGUCAGAGUUCACCCUGCGCGUCAUCUCGUCGCAGCCCACAGCCGCCAUCACGCAGCUGGCCGAGUGGUCCUCCAGGAGGCUGGCGGGCGAGUGGCGCGGCGUUACAUGUGGUGGUCGCUACAGCAACACAUCGUCCACAUGGACACAGAACCCGCGCUACCAGUUCCAUCUGCCGCGCGCUGGUCGCUACACCGUCAUCCUGGCGCAGUCCGAGAAGCCCACUAACCACGGCAUCGGCUUUUACUACUUCAAGACAUUCCCCGAUGGAAACCUGAAGGAGCUGAUCUGCAAGAGCGGCUUUGUCUCUGGCAAGGAGGUCGUCGUCGAGGGUACCGCAGCUGAGUCCAUCCACGGUGCCAUCCUGCCGGCCACCUUUGAACCAGGUAUCCAAGACACUUUCAACAUCACAGUAUAUAGCGAACAUGACUUUGAACUCAUUCCACCAGCAGGUGUGCCACUCUAA